UCUAUAUUUGUUGUUCUUCUAUCUCUUUCUCUCUCUUUUUCUUCCACACCCUCACAACUUUACUUACGACUUUAUUAUAUAUAUACCACCAACCCAUUUUGUCAUAAAAGAUCAUUACUCGUUAAGACUUUCCACUACCCAUUCUCAUUCUCUCUUCAACUAAUAUUCUUCCCCGGCCCUCAUAAAGAAGCUUCUCCUGUUCUUUAUUCACAUUUUCCAAAAUUGUAUCUUCUUAAAGUAUCUCCAACAAAACUAAAUCCUACUAAGUUAAGAGAUUUGAAAAUGACAAAGAUAGGAGGUAUUCUUGUUUGUCUAGUCAUUGUGGGCUUAGAUGUAGCUGCUGCAAUCCUCGGAAUCCAAGCUGAAGUCGCCCAAAAUCAGGUGAAGCACAUGAGGCUUUGGUUAUUUGAGUGCAGAGAGCCGAGCCAGGACGCGUUCAGGCUCGGUCUAGGUGCAGCCGCGAUAUUGGUAAUGGCUCAUGUCCUACUUAACUUGGUCGGAGGCUGUCUUUGUAUUUGCUCUCAAGACGAGUUUCAAAGAUCUUCUUCCACUAGACAAAUCUCCAUGGCUUGUCUUGUCCUCACUUGGAUCGUAUUCGCUGUUGGAUUUGGGAGUAUAGUGAUUGGGACGAUGUCGAACAGUAAGUCAAGAUCCUCUUGUGGAUUCACACAUCACCAUUUUCUCUCCAUUGGAGGGAUUUUGUGUUUUCUUCAUGCCCUCUUCUGUGUUGCUUAUUACGUUUCUGCCACUGCGGCCAAAGAUGAAGCUAAGUGACAAAGUGUCACGGUUAAUGAUGGAACAGGUAGGUCCUUGUUCUUGACUAUAUUUAUGUAUAAUCAUAUAACCUAGUUUCAAUUUAUUUCUUCUUAUGAAUCGUUUCACUUAUUUCGAAGUCACUUUUGUAAUUUUGAAAGCUGUGUCAUUUUGAAAAAUAUGGAAAAGCUUUUAUGUCACGCUCUGUUGUCGCAUGUGGGGUUAAAAUGCACUAGUGAUAAUGACAUUCGGUGGAAUCUUGUCUUUGCUUCGGGUCUUUAAAUUAAUUCAAUUGUCUCUCGUUCUCUCUUUUUCACACACACACCUAUGUGAAUCCUUGUCACGGGAAACUUGAAAUCUGUAGAACUGAUUUCUAGGAAAAUAGAAUAAUUUUUAUAGAAGAGAGUAUCAAAUGGCACUAUGAAGUAGAGAAUUGCACAAACAUUUUUUACUACCAGAAGAAGAUCUGGUCUGAAAUCCGACCAAAAAGGAGUUUGUAUGAAAACUGAUUUUUCUGUUGUUUAACUUCAAAAUGUCUACAGU